UUCAAAUAAAACACCUAAAAAAAUCAUUACUUAAAGUGUGUUGUUUAAGCCCGACCACUCAAUACUUCUUACAUGGCAUUCAUAUCUUUAAGAUUGAUGUACAUAUUCCAUAUGUUUCACAUUUUGCAAGAGAGAGUGUCCAUAACGGUUUGAGUCGACUAGUUGUUGUGGCUUGGUUGUUUGUAGCAUUCGUUUUAACAUCUAGCUAUACAGCUAAUCUUGCUUCAAGAUUGACUACCCAACAAAUUACACCAAUUGUAAAUGUUUAUGGUCACUAUAAAUUAGGAUAUCGCAGUUCAUAUGUUGGGAGAUUUCUAACUCAUGAUUCAGGAGUGGCCAAUAUAAAUCUAGAACCAUAUUCAUCAAGAAAGGCAUACAAGGAGGCCUUGUCAAAAGGAGCAAAGAAUGGAGGAGUGGAUGCCAUUUUAGAUGAAGUCCCAUUUGUUCGUGCCUUCCUUUCUAGUGAAUGCGGUUAUUCAAUGGUGGGGACAACAUAUCAAAGUGGUGGCUUUGGUUUUGUUUUUCGCAAAGGCUUUCCUUUAGUGCAAGAAUUUUCUAAGGGGAUUUUAAAUCUUUCAGAAAGUGAUAAGUUUGAAAAGAUUAAAGCUAUCUAUUUCAGUGAUACUACCAAUAAGUGUCCUGACUCGUCAGAAGAUUUAAGGAGGUUAGGUGUGGAAAGCUUUUGGGGAUUGUAUCUCAUCACGGGAACAAUAUCAUCUAUGGCUUUAAUCAUUUUUCUUUCACAAGACAAUUACUCAAGGCAAAAGAUUAGGGAGUGCAAAUCUAUCAAUUGUUUUUUAAAGUAUAUCUAUCAAGAGCGAGUUUCAUCCCAAUUUUUUUCACUACAAAUGUUACAAGAGAACAACAAUUCUUCAAAUGCAGAAGAUAGCUCAAGUAAACAUCAUGAAUUAGAUGUAAGUGUUAUGAAUGAUGCAGAUCAAAAUAUGGUGACUCAAACACCCUCCUUUGUAAAUCCAGAGAUAAUAGAUGGGCUUCCGUCCAACCAAAUCCAUGAAGGAGAGAAAUCUGAGAUGAGUUGUACUUCAGAUAGAGUCAUUACUAAGUGA